UGCGUCUGCGCAGAGGACACACUUUCUGGCAGAGGAGGCCGCUGAAGCCUGAGCUUGCUGGGAGCGCCGCCAUCGCCGCUGUUGUCGCUGUCACCAUGGUGAAGCUGAGCAAAGAAUCCAAGCAGCGGCUGCAGCAGCUCUUCCGGGGCGGCCAGUUCGCCAUCCGCUGGGGCUUCAUCCCCCUCGUGCUCUACCUGGGAUUUAGGAGAGGUGCAGAUCCCGGGAUGCCUGAGCCAACUGUUCUGAGCUUGCUUUGGGGAUGAAAGACUGUUUGAACAUCUGGAUUGGAAGCAAUCAGUGGACAAGAGAAACCCUGAUGGUGUGCACUUUGGCCAGGAGAACGGAGCGAGCAAGUGGGCCUCUGAAACUCAUCGUUUGGAUGCCCCCGGGGUCUCUCUGCUUGGCGUGUAUGUGGCUAAAUAGUUCUAAUAAGGAAUUCUUGAAAUAAAUCACUUAAACCCUGA